AUGCAUCAUCCGAAAUCACGUCCGACGACACUUUGUUUUGGGCUUUGGCCUGUCAAAAUCCAAGACAAUGUCAUUGCUCUUCGCAACUUGGGUAACAACAAUUUUUGCGGUGGACUCACCACCGAAUACAAAACCAACUGUCUCAACGCCGCCUACCCUAAUAUCUGUAAACAGUCAAAGCUGGUGGUGGAAGAGCUUGUUCUUUCAAGGAACAUCUACAAUAUCAAUUUCCGACUCUCCGACUCCAGGAUCUACCACGAGCAGGUCAUAGAAAUGGACACAGCUCUCGCCGUUAACGACAGCCCAAACAGAGACUCCACUAUCAGCCUCAAGUUUGCGGAAAAAGAUUCCAGGACCCGUAGUUGGAAUGGCAGCGUUUCAUUGAAGUUGGGUGUCAAAACAACUCUCCAAGUCAAAUCUGUUCCACUAAUUCUUGACGGAAAGAUCGAAAUUUCGGCUGAGGUUAUGACAGCAUACCAGUGGGGAGAAACUACCACAGUUGAACAUACCAGGGAGGCCAAUUAUGCUGUUGUUGUGCCACCAUUAUCCAAGAUGAAGGUGAGUCUCAUAGCUUCAAGGGCUUCAUGCGAUGUGCCCUUCUCCUACAGUCAGCGUGACAUUCUCACUGAUGGCCGAACCGUUACCAAAACCAUGGAUGAUGGCCUUUUCACUGGGAUUAAUGCCUACAAAUUUGACUACCAAAACCAGGCAUCCUACGAUGGCCAGCCUCUCUCUGUCUCUAGCCCAUGGAGGCUCCCGCGUGCUGCGUACUUUGGGAUUUGUGUGAUUUUGGUGUUUAGUGUGUUGCUGCCUUUGCUGCAUUUGGUGUAA